AAGUUGUACAUAUUUGUGUCACGCUUGACGCUGGGUCGAUGUAGCUGCUUUCUUUGCAAAGGAAUGUCGCUGCUAUAUCUCUGUCGGGAUGGAGGUCUGACAGAUGUUUUGAGAAAAAGAUGUCGGGACUGCACUUCCUUAUCUUAUUAAAUGACCAUGAGGCUCAAAACAGCAUGGUAGUAACCUUCACCUCUGACUGGCAAGUAAGAACAUCUAGUCAGUUUUAAGAGAACCACUAAAUUCAGAGUCAAUAUUUAUUAAUUUGGCAUCAUAUUUGCUUGUAAGCAUGGGCCCUUAGCUUCCACAGCCAACAGGAUACACAGUUACACUUUUCCUUCAGUUGUUGUGUGACGAAUUGUCAGGGGAGUUCCACUGUACUACCGCGUUUUACUGUACAAGCUCGUGAAGCUUCGUCAAGAUGUUUUCAGCUCUUAAGAAGCUGGUGGGAUCUGAGCCAGGGCAGCUCAGGGACAAGAACAUCCCCGCUGGCCUGCAGUCGAUGAACCAAAGUUUGCAGAGACGCUUCGCCAAAGGGGUGCAGUAUAAUAUGAAAAUAGUCAUCCGGGGAGAUAGAAACACUGGAAAGAGCACUUUAUGGCAUCGACUACAGGGUAAGAAGUUUGUGGAGGAGUACCUACCCACUCAGGAGAUCCAAGCCACAAGUAUCCAUUGGAAUUACAAAACUACUGAUGAUGUGGUCAAGGUAGAGGUGUGGGACGUGGUAGACAAAGGCCAAAAAUAUCCUCUUCCUGAAGGUGUAGGCAAAGGCAAAAGGCGUGGAGACAAUUUGAAACUGGAGAAUGAGCCCCAAGAGUCAGAUGAAGUGGCCCUGGAUGCAGAGUUCCUGGAUGUGUACAAGAACUGUAAUGGAGUCAUCAUGAUGUUUGACAUUACCAAGCAGUGGACUUUUAACUACAUCCUGAGGGAAUUGCCCAAAGUACCCACCCAUGUGCCGGUGUGUGUGUUGGGAAACCACAGGGACAUGGGCGAGCAUCGUGUCAUCCUCCCUGAUGAUAUAAGAGACCUGAUUGCUGGACUUAACAGACCAAUGGGAUCAUCUUACAUCCACUAUGCUGAGUCCUCAAUGAAGAAUGGGUUUGGCUUGAAAUAUCUGCACAGAUUUUUCAACAUCCCCUUCCUGCAGCUACAGAGAGAGACCCUCCUUAGGCAGCUGGAGACCAACCAGCUGGACAUGGAUGCCACCUUGGAGGAGCUUUCUGUCCAGCAGGAGACUGAAGAUCAAAACUACGAGAUUUUCCUCGAGAACUUGGAAUCUCGCAGUAAGGGCUACGGCUCUCCUGGUCCAGCCAACGGUCAGAGUCCCUCCUCGGGCUCCCAGUCCCCCAUCAUCCCUCCCAGUGGGGCCUCCACGGGCAGCUCCAGCCCCAGCACCCCUCAGCCACCCAUUCCCUCCCAAGUGCUUCCACAGUCACCGUCUGUGUCCACUUCUUCCCCUCCGCCUCCCUCGACAGUGGUUAGCAUGACAGCUUCACCUGUUGUUGAGUCAAAGCCAUCGGCCCAGUCUCCCGAACACCUUCAGUCCUCAGCUGCAUCUGGGGCGUCAGCCCCCCAGAAACGCAGCUUCAUCUCCCGUUGGUUUGGUUCAUCUCCUGCUGCUGAGGCUUCUGCUUCUGGACCAGAGGAAGUGUCUGCAUCAGUGUGCCCUGCUAAGGUUCAGAGUGUGGAUGAUUUUGUGCCAGAUGAGAGACUGGAUAAAAGCUUCCUGGAGGACAGCCUGCCCUCGAAGACCAAGGUGCCUCAGCCUGCACCAGCUCCGGCUGUGGACAGCGACAGUGAUGGUGAAGAAAGAGGAAACCCCAUGGUGUCUGGCUUCCAGGAUGAGCUCGAUCCUGACGACACUGAGCCCAGUCUUCCCCAACCUAAGACCCUGCCCCUCAGUAAAGAUAUCACUCUGACCAGUGACGAGGAGGAGGGAGUACUAGCAGCCCCCACUAUCACACAAGACCUGGACAGUGAACCUGAGCUGAAAACGCCUGUGAUCCACAUCACAAAACCAAAGGUGGCAUCGAAAGCUCCAGAGCCCAGAGGCCAGACCACAGCACCCAUCUCCCUCACUUUAACUCCAGCAGCAGAGCAGCCAGCCCGACACCAAGGCAAGAAGAAGGGAAGCACACCCAAAGCUGACGACUCCGAUACAGACCCUGAGGCUCCUGUAGCCCAGCAGAUGCUCUCGUUUGUCAUGGAUGACCCCGACUUUGAGUCUGAAGCAUCAGACACACCAAAAAUAGCGAAGGAUACAUUUCCAGUCAGAGAUGAGUUUCUGUCUGACCUCUCUGAUGAUGACAUGCAGUUAGCCAAGGUGCCAGAACCUCUGAAGCCCACUGUGAUCUCUUUCAAACACAAGGACGAUACCGACCUGUUUGGCCUCGGCAUCCAAGAAGAGGCUCCCGCAGCCAAGGACAGCAGCGAGGAGCAGGAAGAGAAAGAAAGCAAACACUCCUCCAAAGAAAAGAAGAAAAAGAAGAAGAAAAGCAAAGAGGAGGAUGAAAAAAGCAAGAAGAAACACAAAAACAAGAAAAAGGAAAAAGACGAAGCUGCAGCAGUAGAUGAAAAAAAGAAAAAGAAAUCCAGGACCAAGAAAACAGAAGUGGACGAGUUGGAGGACUUUCUGGGCGGAGGAGCAGGAUCGAUCAAAAGAGAUGACGGUGAUUAUGAAGAACUAUAAAAGCUCCUGUUUUAUUAGGAAAUGGAGCCGCAGAACAGCAGCGAGGCGCGUGGUCGUUCAAAAACCUCCUGGUUCCUUGACUUGUAUGUGCAUAAAACAGCAUCUCCAAGCCAUACGCAAUACACAAGGCUACCAAUGACACCCAGGUAAAAAAAAAAAUAACCAAGGACUGUGGUACCUGUAUGUUCCUUCUGAUUGAUUUCCCCAUCUGCACUACUGCUGUCACUUCCAUUUCAACCAAGAAACGGCGAGGAGACCCACAUGUACUGUAGUAAGUCGUGACAUUAAAAUUUGAUGAUUGGUGUAGCUACAAAUUGGCUCUUUGUACUUUGACAUAAUUGAAUAUGUUGGUUUAAUAUUUUCUUCUAUUUGAUACACUGCAAAUGAUCCACCACGAAUCAGCUGCUGUAAAUAGGGUUACCAUUUUGUCUGAAUGUUUGUUUGGUGGGUGUAAUAAUCGCGAGCAUGCUAAAAGUGAAGACUUGCUCCUUAGAGACUCCAUAGUGUUGUCUUUUCUUUCUUUCCUACUUGUUGGCUUAAAUGAAUACAUUUAGUCUUGUGUCUCUAAUUAGGAACACUGAAGAAGAAUUCAGAGUGAGUUGACUUAAGAAUUUUGCCCAUCACCAACAAAGGAAAUGACUACCCCCUUUUCACUCUUGGAAUACGUCCACACUAAGCCAGCUAAAUUUGAAAACAUCUUCGCUUUGUUUUGGCCUCCAGCCACACUUUACCUGAAAACAGAUCUUUUCAAAAACGUUCUGAAGAGUGGAGAAGUCUUAAAAUCCUGGCUGCGCGUCUCAGGGUGGACCAGGAAAACUAAGCUUUUGGAAAACAAUGUAAACCUGGCUGUGUGGCAGCAAAGUUAAGAAGAACAUUUCUGUGAUCAGUCAUUUUCAGUCUCAAUAUAGCUGAACACUCAAUACAGGGGUUGUCAUUAACCUGUAUGAAUGUUGAAUUUGUCAAACAGAGGACAGAACCAGCUGAGACUCAGCAGAGUAGCCGGACUGUGUCCGUCUCACCAGAUGUAGGCUGUGUGGCAGUUUUGUUGUUUGCUGGCAAAAAGAGGACAAAGAACAUGAGCUAUAUGCCAAGAUUAGACCACAGUAUAAUGGCGUCAGGAGUGAAAAUUAGCCUUGGCCACGACAGUUGCACUUUUUAUCCCAUGGGGUGUGUCAUAGUGGAAGACAACCGAUUCGGCAUCUGGGACGCCUCACAACUUCUGGAAAAAAAAAAAAAAAACACUAGCAUGUCAGAAUUUGUUUUGCCUAUUCUCACAGCCUUUAUGACGUGUUCCAUGAUGUUUACCCAUAGGUGCACAGAGCGUUCACACACAACUGUAAACAUGGAGAAGAGAGAGAAAUUAUGCUUUAUUUUAUUUCUGUGAACCUAUAACCAUUUGACUAUCACCUUCAAGCUAGGUGCAUUACAUAGAAUUAAUCAUACCUGUGGGUGUGAUGUCACCCUUUGCAUACAUAUGUCUGCUGCUCACCCACACACUCACCCUCUUUCUACUUACUGGGAAGGAAAAAGACAGCCCACCUUCACUGCCCAGUGACCAUGAAUUGUUCCAGUUUCACUUUCAUUCCCAAAACUGUGUUUACAUACGCAAACAUUUGUUGUUUGUGAUGGCAACAGGGAGUCGGUCCCUGGCACUUUACCGAUCUGCACAUAAUGCUGUGCGUCUGGGUCAAAUGUGCACUGUAGUCUGCCAUGUCUCAGCAAGAAUGUAUGACUGAUUGCCUAAUCUGACAAUGACCAUCUUGGAAAGGCAACAAUAUUGUUUAAUCUGAUCCCAGCAUUACCCAUUUCCCUGGCUUUUCAGUGAGGAUGGAGAUCUUCACAAAAAUCCCAGUGUGGAAGCAUGUCGUUUUCACAGCAUUUUUUUUAAAAAAUUGCCGUUUUAGUGUGGACGUAGUCUUGGUGUGAAACUGACAGCCACUACCUCAGUGUUGGCUUUUGUCACCCCCUAAAGCCACUUUGGCAAGUCAUCACUGGUGAUUUUAUGAUUUCAUCCAUUGGUCAAAAUAGCUGGUACAAGUUACUUUCCUGCCCUGUUAGCACAACUAAUUUAACGGCCACCUUUCUCUGCUUCAGCGUGUAGGCUACAUACAAAUUCUCUUUUUGUUUUCUGCAAUUGCCUUAAUGGAGGUUACUACAAGGGAAUGAUGUGCCGCUAUCCUCAUGAACCAUUUUUAAGUGUUCUUAUUGUAAAGUGUUAGGUAGCUGGGUUGGGUUCAGAAUGUUGUCCUUGCUUUUUAUUGGUGAAACAAUCUAUAUCAUCCUUAAAACCUGUUAUAAGAUUGCAGUGAAUCAGUACAUUUGCUUGUCUUUUGUUUUUGUUUGAUUGAACAGCAAAACACCAUUCUUAUAAAGGAGUAUUAUGGACUUAUGUUAAUAUUUCUCUGUAAGUAACAUUUCCAAGAUUUUCUCAUUGUUUUAUCCUUGUUAUUUAUUGCUUCUAUUUUGUUUUGUUGCUAAAUGUCAGGAUUUUGUUUGUGUGAUUUGUGCUGAAACUGUCCUCAAUGGUCAAACACAUGAUGCAGCUUUUUAUGGGUUACAGUUGUUCCCAUUUCCUAACUAUUUCCUGUAAUACAUCCUACAAUGGUUUACUUCCACUGCUUUUAAGGACAUGUUACGUGGUGAUAUGAACUGCUAAACUUUUCAUGUGCUAUUUCUUUUGUCCAAUGCCUCAAAUUGCCUGCUCAUGAUAGACGGAGAUGACGUGCAGUAUCUUCCAUAAAUUGCAUCACCAAAAUGUUUCAAAUAAGUGAAGCAUUUUUGCAUCUAAGAGAAAUGUGUAUUUUUAGACAUGUUUUGACAACUGACAGAUUUCAUAGUUUCCAUCUCCCAUACACAUAUGGUUAAACUCUGUUGGUUUACAAAGAAAUGAUAUUUGAUAUUCCAAAGUUGAAACUAUGCAGCAUUGAUCCUGAAUACUGUAUGUUCUUUUUUUUUUGUCUCUUGUCAUGUGAUUGAGGAUAAAUGCUGAAAGCACAGUUUCAAGCAAAGCAUGAAACUUAAAUGUACAGCAAGAAAAGAAUGUAUAAAGUAUAUAAAUAAAUCUAUACUUUUGAAGAUCUUUGUUCCAAAAAUUAUAUAUACACCAUGUGGAAACAAUGUCACUGAAAUCCUAUAAAAUAAGGUUGACAGGAAAGAUCCAAUUGGGGGAAUUGUAAAAUUCUGUUGUCUGAAGUAAUAACAUUUCUGAGAAUGGAUAUGCACUUUGUUUUUCAGGUAUUUUUUCCAAAUGGAUGUAUGACAUUUUGGAAUGAAACCCUUCAUUUAUUUUUCACCCCAUGACAUGUUCCAUCUUUACACUAUGUGUGAGUUUGCCUAUGUUUGGUUUGUCCAAUAAAUGCAAACUUAUUUCUUCAUAA